CUCGAAUUUCGGUCCCCGUGGAACCUAGUGCACUCACUGACCCCCCCUCUCUCCCUCUCUCUCUCUCUCUCUCUAAUUGCGGAUCACCACAUGACAUUUUCUUCCCCUUCUUCUUGAUCCUCCCCAAACAACCCAUCUCUCUCUCUCUCUCUCCUUUUCUGGGUGUCGUUUCUUCUGCGUUGGUUAUUCCCCAUUUGGGUUUUUACUCCUCUCGAGGAUUCUUUGCACCAAAUCUCUGUACCUCCAAUUGCAACAUUUUUCCAUUGGCCUUUUACAUGUUCGUACUUUUCAUUCCUGAGAUUCUUCCUUAGCGUGCAUUUUGUUCCGGGUCGGUCACUCCUACCAAUUGUUCUGUUAACGCAGUUGAAUGGGCUCUUGUUCUUGUUCUUGUUGAUGUCUUUGGCAAUUGGAGUUGAAUCAUCAAGUUCCAAGAGUAAAAGCGACAUGGGUUUUGACGAAAACAAGGAGGAGGGCAAAAAGGGUAAAGAAAAUCAAGAAGGUAGAAAGCCAGAGGGUGCUGAGGAGGAGGAAGAGGUGGUGGAAACAGGAGGGAGAAUUGAGAGAAAGCAGAGUGAGAGUUCAAUAUGUGAUGUGACUGAGGAUGAGGAUGAGAGUGAUGUUGAACCGAAGAUUGAGUUGGGUCCUCAAUUUACCAUUAAACAACAACUUGAGAAAGAUAAGGACGAUGAGAGCUUAAGGAAGUGGAAGGAACAGCUUCUUGGGAGUGUGGAUAUUAAUGCCAUUGGAGAAACCUUGGAACCUGAGGUUAAGAUCUUGAGCCUUGCAAUCAAAUCCCCCGGUAGACCUGAUAUCUUUCUUCCGGUCCCCGAGUCUGGCAAUCCCAAAGGCUUGUGGUUUACUCUGAAAGAAGGUAGCCGUUACAGCCUGAAUUUCACUUUCCAAGUCAACAAUAACAUUGUCUCAGGCCUCAAAUACAUCAACACUGUCUGGAAAACUGGUGUGAAAGUUGAUAGCGCGAAGGAAAUGGUUGGUACUUUUAGCCCGCAGCUAGAACCUUAUACGCAUGAAAUGCCCGAAGAGACCACCCCGACUGGUUUUUUUGCUAGAGGAUCAUAUACGGCUAAAACGAAGUUUGUCGACGACGACAACAAGUGCUACUUGGAGAUCAAUUACACCUUCGACAUCCGAAAGGACUGGCAGGAAAACUGAACCCGAUAUUCGCUACCGUUACUUUGCCCCCAAAACAACUCGGUUUUCUCUCUUGAUCAUCGGUAUCCAAUCGAGCCCGACUUAACGUAAAUGGUGUGGAGAUUUGAUGGCAGGAGCUAGACGUUUUUUCAUUUUUUUGUUGGCUUAUCCUCGAAUAAACUUGAAUUCCGCAUGUUGGACGGUUUUCGUGAUCAGGAGUAAAAACUCUUCCAAGUUUUUUCUUUUGGUUUACUAUGAGCUUGUUGGUUAGUUUUGUUGAGGGGUUUAUUGAAUGUGAGUAUCUCAUUCUUGCUUAUUUCUUCAUUCCUGGUUCUGUUAAAGAGUUGGAAAUGCUUUUCCCUUUUGGCUUU